AUGGCAUCUCGUAGAAAUACUAGUGUAUUGUGGUACCAUUUUGAAAAAAUUGAUAGUAUGAAAGCAAAGUGUAAUGUGUGCAACCAGCAGAUAAAGUAUAGUUCAACAACCGCCAAUUUAAAGAGCCAUUUAAAAAGAAAGCAUAUUUCCAUAUAUGCUUCGUUGCAAGAAACUGAGGCAGGAAGUUCACAGCAGACUCGUAUUUCACAGUAUAUAAGUAAUUCCGGAGAGGCUAUACCAAGUUCUAGUAGUGCUCAACAACAACCUACAAGUGUGCGUCAGAGGGUAUUGGAGACUUUUAUGACUAAAAAAAUUAGCAGCGAACAAAAAAAAAUGAUUGACCAAGAUUUGAUGGAUAUGUUCAUUGAUAGUUUCCAUGCAUUUUCAUUAGUUGAAGAAAGAGCGUUUAAAAAGUUGAUGCGGUGGAUACCAGGAUAUGUUCUUCCAUCUAGAAAGACUGUUUCAGGAUCCAUGCUCGAGGAGCAAUACAACAAGGCAGUUGAAAAUACAAGAGCAGAAGUUUUAGCUGAAGCACAAACUAUUUGCAUAACAUUAGAUGUUUGGACUUCUAGGGUUACUGAAGCAUAUGUGGCAGUUACAGGCCACUAUAUUACAGACAAUUAUAACUUAAAAACUGUUCUUCUCGGAUGCUGUCAAUUUGAAGGAGCGCAUACAUCAGAAAAUCUAGCAAUAGAAAUUCAAACAAUCCUUGACAAUUGGAAAUUGCAUGCCAAUAACAUGAAAAAAGCCAUUAAAGACAUUUUAAAAAUAAAACAUUAUGGAUGUUUUGCACACACUAUUAAUUUAAUAGUAAAUGAUGGCCUCAAGUUGAUUAAGAGUGAGAUCGAUAUAAUAAAGAAAAUUGUUGGCCACUUCCGGAGGAGUGUCACUGCAUGUGAAAAACUGCAGAAAUACCAAAUGCAGCAAUAUGGACACACAAAAAAAUUGAUUCAAGAUGUCGAAACAAGGUGGAACUCCACCUUUUACAUGGUGAAACGAUUUGUCGAGGUUGAAGAGUCAAUAAGGAUGACAAUGAGUGUUUUAGAUGCAAAUCUACCAUCAUUGACUUCUGAAAUGUGGAAAAUGUUGCCACAACUAUGCUUAAUUUUAAAACCAUUCGAAGAUAUUACCACCACUGUAAGUGGUGAAAAUUACCUGACAGGAAGCCUGGUAAUAGUGUUAGUAAGAUGUUUGAAUGAGUCAUGCAACAAAUUAUUGGCACGAAAUGACCUGUUGCCAAUAAUUAGAAGAAUCACUGAAAUUUUUAAAUCAGGAAUUAAUGACAGAUUUCCAAAUGUCGAGAGGAGCAAGACAUUUGGAAUCUGUACAUUAUUAGAUCCUAGGUUCAAAAUGAAGGGUUUCUCAAACAUAGAAGAUGCAAAAAUUAUUAAAGAAGAUCUUAAGCAAAAAGUAGCAAAAAUCAUUGAAGAACGAAGACUUUUAGAGAAUGUUGUUCCCAUGCCAUCAACGUCCAUGGAAGAUAUUGAUGAGUAUAACCCAUGGACUAUUUUAAAUAACCUAGUAGGAGCAUCACUGCAUCAAUCGACUCCACUAUGUGCUGCUAUAAAGGAAAUUGAUAUAUAUCUCGCUGAUGAUAGCUUGCCUAUGAAAUCUGCAGAAGGCUAUAUGGAAUAUCAUGUCAUAUAA